AUGUCUCACGCGUGGGGGUACGCCGCUAACAAUGGUCCGGACAAGUGGGUCGCCAAUUUCCCCAUCGCCGACGGCCCCCGCCAGUCGCCCAUCGACAUCAAUCCGGGUUUGGCGGACUACGACGGGGCGCUUAAGCCGCUCAGCCUCAAGUACGACCCAAGUACCUGCUUGGAUAUUCUCAAUAAUGGACACUCUUUCCAGGUUACCUUUCUGGAUGACAACGACGCCUCCGUUUUGACGGGCGGGCCCGUCUCGGGCGUGUACCGGCUCAAGCAGUUCCACUUCCACUGGGGAGCAUCGGACGACAGGGGUUCGGAGCACACGGUAGCCGGGAACAAAUACCCUGCCGAGCUCCAUCUGGUGCACUGGAACACCAAAUACGCCGAUUUCGGCGAAGCUGCCGGCAAACCUGACGGGCUUGCCGUCGUGGGCGUUUUCCUGCAGAUUGGUGGUGAAAACGCGCAUCUCCAGAAAGUUCUGGACGCGUUUGGCGCCAUCAAGACGAAAGGAAAGCAGACGACGUUCAAGAAUUUCGACCCCAGCUGCCUCCUGCCCGCAAGACUGGAUUACUGGACGUACGAGGGGUCGCUGACCACGCCCCCUCUGCUGGAGAGCGUCACCUGGAUCGUCUGCAAGGAUCCUAUCGGCGUCAGCUCGACUCAGAUGGAGAAAUUCCGCAGCUUGCUCUUCUCGGCCGAAGGCGAGCCCGAGUGCUGCAUGGUCGACAACUACCGUCCUCCGCAGCCGCUCAAAGGCCGCCAAGUGCGGGCUUUCUUCAAGUGA